UGCCGGGGCACAUGGGGCUCCCGUGUGCACCUAGUUUGCAAAUUAGAUGCAGAUGAAGAGAUAGCUUUGGCUUAACCUCUGCACGGCAGGGCCUUUUGGACUUAAAUCUUUCGGCGCUCGGCUAUUCUCCCCUAGCUCCUCUCCCUUUUUUUUCCCUCAGCAGUCUCCCUGGCUUGGGGGCGCUCGGUGUUUGGCCCAGUCGCCUGUCGCCUGGUAGUGGGACCGGAAGUUAUUCCGGAGGGGGGGAAUGGCCGUAAGAAAGGGGGCUCUGUGGGGGGGCCGGUCCCUCCUCAGGUGAAGCCCCUGAUGGAGAUGGAGCCGCCACCCCUGAGCGCCCAGAUCCCGGCUUCGGCCUGGCUGCCGCCGCCUCAGUGACCCCAUCCCCCCCGCGCUGGGCCACCUGGGCCAGAGUGGGGGACUCGCCACCCCUCUUCCCACCCGACACCGCCCUUCUCCCCCAACCCCCAACAGCCUGCGCGCGCGCGGAGACGCCUCAGGAUCUUUUUAGGAUGGACAUAGAAGACUGCAAUGGCCGCUCCUAUAUGUCUGGUAUGCCUACUGUGUGUUCCGUUCGGAUGGGCGUGGGAGCAGACACUGUCCUGUGGAUGAAGGCAGAGAGCCUUCAGCCCCCGCACACGACUUCUCCUUGACUAAAUGUCAGUCGCAGCUGCCCCUCAGGGCGGCCGUGCUUGGAGGUAGUGUGCAAUCCCCUGUGGUCUUAUAUUCCUAAUGGUGGUUCUUUUCUGUACCGUGGAGAGGGAACGGAAUAAAGAUGGGGACUAUAAAAUGGACGAUCCAGAGCAAUUGGGUGGGAGGAAAAUGUGGUUCUUUCUCCUGUGUUAUAAGGUCACCAGAACAGAAUUCUGUCCCAUCCAAGUAGAGUGGACCAUCUUCAAAAGCCUUAAAGUGGGCUGGGCAGUGGUGGCGCUUGCCUUUAAUCCCAGCACUCAGGAGGCAGAGGUAGAUGUAUCUCUCUGUGAGUUCGAGGCCAGCCUGGCCUACAGAGCAAGUUCCAGGACAGGCUCCAAAGCUAUACAGAGAAACCCUGUCUCAAAAAACCAAAGAAAGAAAAGAAAAAAGAAAAAUAUUGGCGAGGCAGUGAUGGCACCACACUCCUUUAAUCCCAGCAUUUGGGAGGCAGAGGCAGGCGAAUCUCUGUGAGUUCAAGCCAGCUUGGCCUACAAAGCGAGUUCCAGGACAGUCAAGGCUACACUGAGAAACCCUGUCUCAAAAAACCACCAUAAUAUUUGUAUGGGUGUGUGUAUACACAUAUAUAUGUGUAUAUGUACUAUCACAUAUAUAUAUGUCUUAUAUACAUAUAUAUUAACUUUUAGAGUCUCAGGAUCAAAGAAACAGGUAUGGUAUGAUAUGGUAUCAUGCAGCUAUAAUUCUAGUAUUUGGUUAACACAAGAUCAUGAGUUCUGAAUCAUCCAGAAUUGUGAGCCAAGAUCCUAACUAAAGUUAAAAAUAAAAUGGCUGAGCCUGGCAAGGUGGAGCAGAAGCAGGCAGAUAUCUAUAAGUUCAAGGCCAGCCUGGUCUGCACAAGCAGUUCCAGGCCAGCCAAGGGUGUAUCACAGCCCUUACCUGAAAGCAUCAGCAACCAGCGACUGUGGUAGCCAUGAUCUCAGCACCCAGGAGCUAGACGUAGGAGGUUCAUGAACUCAAGGCUUACACUGCAUAUUAAGAGCAGGUCUCAGCCGGGCGGUGGUGGCGCACGCCUUUAAUCCCAGGAGUCAGAACACAGAGUCAGGCGGAUUCUGUGAGUUCGAGGCCAGUCUGGUCUACAGAAUGAGUUCCAGGAUAGGCUCCAAAGCUUCACAGAGAAACCUUGUCUUGAAAAACCAAAGCAAACUAAACAAACAAACAAAAAUCUGUCUCAAUAAAAGAAGUCCAGAUACUACUGUGGAAAUGAACUAUAAGGUGUUUUUACUAAUUUUGUUUAAAGUGGAACCAAUGGAGGGAUUGUUGACCUGCACUGAUGGAAAUAGCAAAGUCAGUCAGACACACCUAAGACCCAUGGUCCUCAUCUGGGCAAUCACAGAGUCAGUCAGACACACCUAAGACCCAUGGUCCUCAUCUGGGCAAUCACAGAGCCAGUCAGACACACCUAAAACCCAUGGUCCUCAUCUGGGCAAUCACAGAAAGAUGCUGAUUCCUGGAUGUAAACUGGAUUAGGUACAGGCAUGCAGUGCUUGCCGCAUGCUGGGCAGAAUGACACAGUUCAGAUGGGCUGAUUCAAUUGAAAGAGGCCCUUCAGACCUGGUGGUGUUAGCUUAUCACAGCACUUGGGAGGCAGAGGCAGGCGGAUCUCUGUGAGUUUGAGGCCAUCCUGGUCUACAGAGCUAGUUCCUGGACAAGUAGGGCUACAGAGAAACCUGUCUCAAAACCAAAAAAAAAAAAGGAAGGAAAGAAGAAAGGCCCUUCUGAGGAACUAGCAAAUUCUCCCACCUCUGGUUUGGUCAAGUCUAUACUACUGAGCAAAAAGAGCAUGGAGCAUUUAGCGAUGAAUGGUUACCAUCAGAUGGAUAAAACCCAAUUCCUGCCGUAUGGUAGGCAAUGAGAAGCUGGGGAGCAGGCAGGGGACAUGCCCCAUGGGCUCUGCCCAGUGAGCAGUGUUUCUGGAGAACGGUGGACACCAGCAGGGAAUUGUGGGAUCAUUUGCUUCGCUGCACCAGGAAACCUAGCUUUCCUUGCUUAAGGUGGUUGACAUUGCUUAGCUGAGAAGUGGCCUCUGCACAGAAGGUUUGUGAGUAAGAAGCCCAAACCAUGGCGCCUGUGUGUUUUGAGAACUCUAGAUGUCAGUAGCUACCCUCUGAAAAGUCAGGGCAGGACUGACAUUAAGUCUAAAGAGUGCCCCCUUCAGGGCUAGACAGGGCCAAGAUGGAGCAACUGAGGUAUCUAAGAACCCAUUACUGAUCCCCACCCCUCCCAGGCUGAUCCAGAAACAGAGGGCUGCCUCCCCCCCCCCCCCAUGUCUAGCCUUUAACCGACCCCUUCUUGGGUCAUCAUAGCUCUGCCUGCGGGUAGAUGGAUUUCCUUACUGGCCACCCUGAUAAACGGGGAGUUCUCCUGUUCUUCAGGGAUUUUUAUCACCUCACAGAACCUACUGAAAGCCCCUGCCCCCUUCCUUUCUAAAGGUACAGAUAAUUCCCAUGGGGAGGAGGGGGAGGAAAGCAAGAUUUACUGCACAGAUUCCCACCCUACCCCCACAACCCCCAAACCAGAAACUGAGUUGCCGAAAUCAAGCAAGCAGCUGAGGUCUGAGGGAACAGUACUUGCCCUGAGUAUCUUGGUGCUGGACAACAUUUCAGGAGAACCUGAGGAGGGAAGGAUGCAAGGAUUGGUAACCCAAAGUUUCAUGGCCCCUCCCACCCCCAGAUUCUUGGAAUCAGAAAAUCCAGUCUUCCAAAGUAGGUCAGUUCAGUAGUGAGCAGUUUCUCUGGAAGGGAAGGGAGCAAGGACUUUAUCCUGAAAGAGGACAGAUUCAUCCAGGACUCCAGCGGCUGGAGCCCCAGGGGCACAGGAGGGAGGAGAGGCAGGGAGACGGAACCAGGGAACCAGCGAUCAAAAAGAGCUCAGGGUCACAGAUCUCCACUAGCCAGGCUAGACUGUGAUGCUGAGGGCGGAGGGGGGCCCGGGUGGGAUUGUCAAGAGGAGGAGGAGAUGGACAGGAGACUGAGUUUGCUGUUGGGGGUGGGAGGGGUGGAGUUUUCUGCCACUUCUAGAGCCUGGAGGCUGCCCCUGUGUCCUGGGCCCCAUGACCUCUGGGGCCUUGGCUUCCCUAGCUGGCAGAGGAUUGGGCCUUCCCUGGGACACCCCCCCCCCUUCCUCGUCCCCACAAGCCUGCCUCUUCUCUCUCUCUCUCUCUCUCUCUCUCUCUCUCUCUCUCUCUCUCUCACACACACACACACACACACACACACACACUUGCCUCCCUCUCAAGCAUUUGUUGUGCAGUCCCUCUUUGUCUCCUGGGCAGGAGGGCAAACACAUCUGCCUCCCCUCCUUGUGUGCCUCCACUCCCGCCCCUCCACUGUCUUAGAAAAGAAAUGUUGUAGCCUAGCAUCCCCACCACCACCACACACACUUGUACAUUUUCUCCUGCCCCCUCCCCAAGCACAUCCACGCCUCUCUCUCUCCAACACACACACACACACACACACACACACACACACACACACACACACGCCAGGCUCUUAGCACAUACACCCUGGGCUGAGCGGUUCUUGCCGGCUGCAGCCGUGGGCCCCUGCUCACCGUGCGGCUGCCACUGCCUGCGAAAUGACGGCGGUUCCCCUCACUUCCAGGAAUCCACGCUUCCUGGAAGGUGAGUGGCUGGGCUCACCCCUGCCUGCCACCGAGACGCAGACAUGCACACACCACCCGCACUCCCUCGCCGUUUCCAAGGCGGCGGCCGCGUUCGCACCCCAGGGUCUCACCGGCAAGGGAAGGAUAAUCUGGAGAGGGAUCCCUCAGGAGGGUGUGUUCCGGAUUUCUUGCCUCAGGCCCAGGACUCCAACCAUUUUAUAAUGGAAUCUUUAUUUUGUGAAAGUAGCGGGGACUCAUCUCUGGAGAAGGAGUUCCUCGGGGCCCCAGUGGGGCCCUCGGUGAGCACCCCAAACAGCCAGCACUCUUCGCCCAGCCGCUCACUCAGUGCCAACUCCAUCAAGGUGGAGAUGUACAGCGAUGAGGAGUCGAGCCGACUGCUGGGGCCAGACGAGCGGCUCCUGGAUAAGGAUGACAGCGUGAUUGUGGAGGACUCCUUGUCAGAGCCCCUGGGCUACUGCGAUGGAAGUGGACCAGAGCCUCACUCCCCUGGUGGCAUCCGGCUGCCCAAUGGCAAGCUCAAGUGUGAUGUCUGUGGCAUGGUCUGUAUCGGCCCCAACGUGCUCAUGGUUCACAAGCGCAGCCACACGGGGGAAAGGCCUUUCCACUGUAACCAGUGCGGGGCCUCCUUCACACAGAAGGGGAAUCUGCUGCGCCACAUCAAGCUGCACUCCGGCGAGAAGCCUUUCAAAUGUCCCUUCUGCAACUACGCCUGCCGCCGGCGUGAUGCACUCACCGGCCACCUCCGCACACACUCAGUCUCUUCUCCCACAGUGGGCAAACCCUACAAGUGCAACUACUGCGGCCGGAGCUACAAACAGCAGAGCACCUUGGAGGAGCACAAGGAGCGGUGCCACAACUACCUGCAGAGUCUCAGCACUGAAGCCCAGGCUUUGGCCGGCCAGCCAGGUGACGAAAUGCGUGACCUGGAGAUGGUGCCUGACUCGAUGCUGCACUCAUCGUCCGAGCGGCCAACUUUCAUCGAUCGCCUGGCCAACAGCCUCACCAAACGCAAGCGCUCCACGCCACAGAAGUUUGUAGGCGAAAAGCAGAUGCGCUUCAGCCUCUCCGACCUCCCCUAUGAUGUGAACCCUGGCGGUGGCUAUGAAAAGGAUGUGGAGUUGGUGGCGCACCAUGGCCUAGAGCCUGGUUUUGGAGGUUCUCUAGCCUUCGUGGGUACAGAGCAUCUGCGUCCCCUCCGCCUCCCACCCACCAACUGCAUCUCGGAACUCACGCCGGUCAUCAGCUCUGUGUACACCCAGAUGCAGCCCCUCCCCAGCCGACUGGAGCUUCCAGGGUCCCGAGAAGCAGGUGAGGGACCCGAGGACCUGGGAGACGGAGGUCCCCUUCUCUAUCGGGCCCGAGGCUCUCUGACUGACCCUGGGGCAUCCCCCAGCAAUGGCUGCCAGGACUCCACAGACACAGAGAGCAACCACGAAGAUCGGAUUGGCGGGGUGGUGUCCCUCCCUCAGGGUCCCCCACCUCAACCUCCCCCCACCAUCGUGGUGGGCCGGCACAGUCCCGCCUAUGCCAAAGAGGACCCCAAACCACAGGAGGGGUUAUUGCGGGGCACCCCAGGCCCCUCCAAGGAAGUGCUUCGGGUGGUGGGUGAGAGCGGCGAGCCUGUGAAGGCGUUUAAGUGUGAACACUGCCGCAUCCUCUUCCUGGACCACGUCAUGUUCACCAUCCACAUGGGCUGCCAUGGCUUCAGAGACCCUUUCGAGUGUAACAUCUGUGGUUACCACAGCCAGGACCGGUAUGAGUUCUCUUCCCACAUUGUCCGGGGGGAACAUAAGGUGGGCUAGCGAGCUCUUUCCCCUCACCUGCCCGCAGCCUGCCAUCCACUGCCCCACUACAGGUUUCUAGCCCGAUUCCUAUUACACCCCGAGGAGUUUCGCGUUGUCGCCCCGCCCACUGGCCACCUCACUUCUCACCUGACUCUGACCCUCUUCGCCGGUUCCCUUCUUCCCUGACUGAGUUAAGCAUUGCGACGAGACCAGUCUUUUGCUUAUAUUUCUCCUUCUGAACCCCUCUCUUCCCGGCAUAUUUGCUGUUUGUUAAUGACUUUCCCAUGGCCUUUGAAGACUUACUGCGACCUCUGGCCACUCCUUCACUCUCCCUUCUGCUCUAAGCCUUGUUUUCUUGUCGACCCCACAUACUCCGACAGCCCCAGGGCCUGGAAGCUCCUCUUUGUACUAAGGGACUCCGAGCUUCUUGCUUUAAUCCGCUCCCUUACUUAUCCGACUCUUUGGAUGUUGAUACCUCCCAGCGGCCCCACCUGAGCUCUGUGGCAUUAUUAUCUCCUCUCUGGGACCCUCCGACCUGGUACUUCAUACCUCUUGUGCCCUCUCACUUUAGGCAGCUUGCACUAUUCUUACACGAACGAAGAAUUUCCUCAUGGGAAGUAGGAGGGCUGUAGAAACUCUCCAGGAACUGUGGACUGAGGGUCCUCUUGACCUCACCUGGGAAUGCAAGCUCCUUAAGCCUCCAUUCAGGAUCUCCCUCUCUCUGGCUCACUCCUCCACACCACUCUGGUCUCAACCUGCCAGGUCCCUCACUGGUGGCUUUUCCCUUCUUGGAACGCCCCCAUUUUCUACUCUCAGGGGCUAAAGCUAGGUCCGCAACCCUGCCUGACACGGGGAGCCUAGCUGAGAACCAGGGCAUGGGAAAGGGGGUGGGUAGAAGUCUCUCCUCCACCCUUCAAACUUGCUCACUCCAGUGACCUUCCUCGGCUCUCAGGGACCCCUGCUGUCCCCGCUGUGUGAGAAACUGGUGGGUUACUGCCCAGUGACCAGGGGCUCAGCCCCAUCUGUCAUGCUGCCUUUUCCUCUCCCUCCCAGCAGGAUCCACCGUCUCAUUCCCAGGCUCCGGGCCCUCUUAUUAUCAGUGGCAAGGAGAAAGGAAUGUGUCUCUUCUCCCUGCUAAUUUUCAGUGUAACCAAAAAUUGUCCCAGGAUGAAUGGCAUGUAUGUGCCCGUCGACCAAUCCGCCCUUGUUCUAGCAAGGAUGGGAUGGACUCAGCUAACUGGGAGCCACCCUUCACUGCCCCUCUCUGGUGGUUGCAGAGCCCCUGGUUCUGGAUAAUCGAGGAUUCAUGAGACCGUGCAGGAGAAGUCAUAGCCCCACUGCACGGCUCUCUCUAUAAAGAGUUCCCUGCCAAGGCCACAGCCAUCCCACUCUCUGCUUCUUUGAGAUUCAAACCAAAGGCUGUUUUUUCUAUGUUUAAAGAAAAUAAGAAAAAAAAAGUAGAAACCAAACACAGCACCUCAUAAGUUAUAAGUCUUGGUCUUCUCUUCUCUCUCUCCCUUUCCCUCCAUCUUUCUUUCCACGUGCCCUUCCUCGGUUGGCUCUUUUGCCUCUCUCCUUUUCUCAUUCCCUAUUAGGGACAUGGAGAGGCAUGAGAGGGUUGGCUAGAUCAGGAUCCUGGGACUGGGGCUCUUAGCCUUCUGGAGACGCUACUCUCCCCAUCAUGAGAAGGGUGGGGUGGAAAAGCUUUCUUUUUCUUCCCUUCUUCUCCUGUGUUACCAUGGCUUCCCAGAAGGGCCAGACUGGCAGGGAGGAGCUUGGUGGGGUGGUUCUUCCUCCUUGACAAAGUAGCAAUAAACAGGUGCUGCCAAAGGUGGAGCCUGGGGUGCGAGCUCCCAAGGGAGUGGUCCCGAGAGAAGGGAAGGGUCUUUGCAACCAACCUUGGGACUGCAGCAGAGCCGAGGUUAGUAUCUGUGCUUCUCCUGUGCUGUUCUGGCUCCUGAGCCUCUUCCUGCUCCCACCACUUGUGUGUCUGCCGUGUACCUGGGGAUACCUCAGAAGAACUAGUUCCUCUGGGGCAUCAGAGCCUUUGAGUACCCCAUUUCCUCCCUUCCUCAGUCAGCCUUAGCACCUGUAACCCCCAGAAACCUGAAGGUUUCCGAGGCUAUACUCUGUGCCCCCAAGACCAGGUGCUAGGGAGGAGAGGGACACCCCGUUUCUCUCCAGCCCAUCACUGCACUUUAACCAGGGUCUUCGGUACAAAAUCCUACUUUCCAGAGCCUUCCAGCUCUGGAACCUCAAACAUCCUCAUGCUCUCUCCCAGCUCCUUUUGCAUAAAAAAAAAAAAGUAAAGAAAAAGAAGAAAAAUCAACAACAAAACACCAAAACCCACACAGAGAAAAGAGGUGUUUUCUUUUUUAAUUACUAAUCGAAAAAACAACACCACAAAAAAGUAGGGGGGAGGGAGAGAAUUUCUAAACAGACACUUUUCCAGACCUUUGUGUAUGUGUGUGUCGGUGUCUAAGCUGCAGGUGGAAUUUUGUAAUACUUCUGGCAGCUUCUUUCCUUGUGUAAAUAACAUAUAUAUAUUUUUAAUCAGAAAUUAUGAAGAUCAAAAAUAGGAUAAACACAGAAGCAAGUGCAAUACCACCUCUCCUCCUCCCCCAGGUUCCUUUGCAGCCUGUUUGGUGUCCCUUUUGACCCUCGCCCCUUCACCUCUUCUCUCUUUGUCCGGUUCCUUACCUACCCUCCCCCUUCCCUCUUUUUAAAGAGUUUUCUCCUUCCUCAAAGGGAGUUAAACCAGCUUUUGAGACUUCCUGCAAAGCAUUUUAUAUAUGUAAUAUACUGUAAGUAAAUAUUUGUGUAAUGGAGAAAUACUACUGUAAGUUUUGUACUGUACUGGCUGAAGGUCUGUUAUAAAUAAACACGAGUAAUUUAACAGC